CCUGUAGACAAGAACGAUUGCAUCCCGUCGACUUUUCAUCUCGUCACAUCACCUCUAGACAACAUGAGGCAGACCCCGUCCGACGCCCAGGACUUUGCGUCGAGCGUCCUCCUCUCGGUGCUUUCGCUCGCCCUCUUGCCAGUCUCCUUAUCGGCCGUCGCAGGAUGUAUCCUCAAGGACCUCUUUUCCGGGGAAGACGAGUCGGUCAGAGUGCUUACGAAGCGUGCUAGUGAGAGGAAGAGCAAGGGAACCGUCAUGAUUAGUGGAGGCAAGAUGACCAAGAGUCUGACUCUCGCUCGGGCCUUCAAGCGUGCCGGAUGGAAGGUUAUCGGGGUCGAGGAAGCUGGAUGGGGUGAAUACUGCCCGAUGAAGUACUCUUCCUCGGUCGACUCGUUUCACCUUCUCCCUUCGGCCUCGAAAAACUACACGCAAUACUCCAACUCGCUCAUCUCCCUAGCUAUCGAACACCACGUCGAUCUCUUCCUUCCCGUCUGCGGAGUCGCUUCCGAGGUCGAGGAUGCCAAAGCCGCCGAGACCAUGUCGGUCAAGACGGGCGGCCGAUGCAAGACCUUCAUCCAGGACCCCGAGACCAUCUCUCAACUGCACGACAAGGACGAGUUCAUCAACCUGGUUGAUUCGCUCGGGUUCCCUGUUCCUCGUGGUAAACUCGUCUAUUCCGUGGACGAGGCCAUGGACUUCCUCUACUCUGAAGCCAAGGACGAGCACGGUCGGGGUGUUGGAUUCAUCAUCAAAUGUACCGAGCUCGACGAGAACAGGGGGGAUUUGACGACGUACCCUUUUGCUGGGGACGAUGCUCAGAUGAGCAAGACUAGGAAACACUUUGACGGACUCAAGCUGAAGAUGAGCCGAAAGUAUCCCUACGUCCUGCAGGAAUACAUUCCCGGUCAAGAAUGGUGUACACACGCCUCGGUCGUGGAUGGCCAGAUCACCGCUUUCGUCACUGCGCCUAGUAACGACAUGCUCAUGACCUAUGAGGACUGGACCAACCGAGAGAUCGGAAAACGGGCAGAACAAUGGACCCGAGAUUUCCUUGACAGGCUCGCCAAGAACCCCAUCGCCAGUGGCAAAAAGCGUCGUCUCACCGGUCACUUUUCGUUCGAUUUCAUCUUGUCCGAGAGGAACGGCGAGAUGUACCCGAUCGAGUGCAAUCCUAGGGUCCAUACCGCCAUCAUCCUGUUGCCCCUCUCUCAACUGGCCUCGGUGUACCCAGCCCCGCACGAGUCUUUCCACGUCGAUAAGGUGUUGAAGCCUCUUCCCGGUACCGUGCCGAGGUCGUGGAUCUACAACGAUCUCAUCAUGCGCUACUUGCCCUACGUCUUGCCCUUCGCCGAGAUCCUGGAAAUGAUCCAUCCUUCCCUCCCGGCUUGUCACUUGACCUGGGACCAGAAGAAAAAAAUCCUCCCGCAAGAGGGCGUCAUGCAGCUCAGGGUCGAUCCGACCUUGAUCGCUGACGAUCCGAUUCCGUUUUUGGUAUUGUGGCACGUCUUUUGGCCUUACUUGUUGACUACCCGUUGGUGGCAGGGGAAAAAGUGGACUAGGCUCAACGUCAGCACUGGCCGUAUUUUCGAAGCCUGAUCGAUGGGAAAGCAGACUUGGCUGCUCUGUGCUGAAACGAUAUGGAUAACAACACGACUUCUGAGGGUCACGGUAAAAUACGAGAUGUAUGAGGAACGUGGAAAUUGGAACGAUAGAAUAGACAGCGCUGAGCAUGAUAAUAGAUACAACCAAGAU